UCAAAACAAAGGCACACACUGACAUUUACUCUAAUCGUGAUGAAUGUCAGUGAGCCUGUAUCAUGCUGAUACACACCAGCAGCUCAUGAAUACAAGUGGAAAAAGGGAAGAGAAUGACAGCAAGAGGAGGAGGAGAGAUGAAGAAUGAGAAAUGAAAAAAGUGUUGCAGAGGAGAUAUUCUGCAUCACGCUGCUGUAAUAGCUAGUUUGGGCUGGUGUGGAUUGAGAAGAGGAGAUGUGAGAUAAAGAGAAGCUGUGUGUUGAAGGAAGAUGGCGAGCAGCGGAAGACGAUUGGACGAGCUGUGAGGAGGCGUGGCCAGAGCCUGAAUGAUUUGUGCGACAGUUACCAGAGAAAGAGGAGGCGAGAGACUGUGAGUGUGUGUGUGCAUGUGUGUGAGGGGGUGUAGGAGCGCAGGAAUAAUCGCAGGAGAGACAUAGGAGAUCUGUUCUGCGGUAGCUGUUGGGGUUUUGCAUGCUGAAAGGACUACGGCUCAGGCUGCUGUCUCUGCUUUAUACCUGGAGUGAAGAGCAGAGGACAGAAGAGGGUCGAUGCACUGAACCUAUUAAUGCUCUGCCGGACUUCUGAAUCCUGAAGCAAACUGAGAGGGAUAAAGACACAGAGGCUGAGAUAGAAGGAUAAAGAAGUGGCGUGGAUAAAGGGAAGUCGGUUUUAAGGAAAGAAACGUACAAUAGGUUUGGCAGAAAAUGAGAAGCAGCAUGAGGGACAGGUUGAAGAGAUGAUGCAUUGGUUCAAAAUUGAAGAUUGAAACCUUGAUUGGCAAAGCAGUGCAAGCCUCUGUGUAUUAAAAUAUGUGUCAGUUCAUUUGUAUUCAUCUGUCCAUUCAUGCUGUCUGGGAAAUCUUCAGCUGAUUUGGAGGUCAAGAAAAUACUGGAUAUUUUGCACAGUCCAGCCGUGAGUGGGACUUCUUCUUGUUUCUCCAGUAGGCGUGCCUUAAGCAUUCAGGUGUGCCGAGGGGUGUUUAUUUGUCAGGAGGCCAGAGUCACGUACAUGCUGAAACGAGUCUGGUCCAAUGGAUGUUUGUGGUAAGCCAUCUUCCUCAAUGAAGCGCCAUUAGAGCACCAUUAGAGCACCUGUGCCAUUGAUUGAAGGUCCAGUAAGGAUUAAUUGCAUUGCAGGAAAUUACUGAAGUGCGUCUGGAAGACACUGAAUCAGCAGUUAAAAGUGAUUAAACACUCAUAACACUCAUAAGGACUGUGGGUGGACCUUUGUUGGACUUUAUUCCUCGAAUGUCUACACUUUGUAACGUUUAGCUUGUGGACCAAAGACGGUUGCAUCUUGACAUUAAAAAAUGCGAACUCCUUUUCAUCAAAAAAACAAAUAAUGUCCAUAUUUUAAGGACAGCGGGCUUGUGCUUUCCAACUUGCUAGUUUGUCACGUUUCCUACUUUGUGACUUGUCUUGUAAAAGUGGGGAUCAUUUGGCCUCUGGGGGUCCGGGCUCCGGCCCCGGCCCCGGCCCCCGACCCAAAAAUGCGCCGCUCGAGUACAGACGAAACCCCGUACCGCCGUAGUCCCUCUUUGGACAGCAAGCCGGGGUCACCACCUCUGCGCUACAGCGGCGAGUACGAGUACCACAGCUCACCUUUCGUCUUUGGCAUUCGUACGACACCAGGGUCAAAGAAAGCUAAAGCCAGCUACACCACAGCACAGGGCAGGAAAUAUGUGGUGUUUUACCUGGACCUGUCCUUCAUCUUCCUCCUAGAGCUGCGGCGCUGCAGGAUGGCCGAGGGCUGCCUGAGGGCCCUGAGAUACGGGAUGGUUUUCUUCAAUCUGCUCUUCUGGCUGGGUGGUUGUGGGAUUCUCGGAGUGGGAGUUUGGCUUUCCAUCACCCAGGGAAACUUCGCCACCCUCUCAUCCUCCCUACCGUCACUCUCUGCUGCCAAUCUGCUCAUCGCUGUGGGCAGCAUCAUCAUGGUGAUUGGCUGUCUGGGGUGUGUGGGUGCGGUCAAAGAGAAUCGUCCAUUACUCCUGAGCUUCUUCAUUCUGUUGCUCCUGAUAUUAUUGUUGGAGAUUCUGUUCUUGAUUCUGUUCUUCGCAUAUCAAGAUCAGAUUGAUCUGUAUGCGCAAAGUGACCUGAAAAAGGGUCUCCAGCUCUUCGGGACUGAAGGCAACAUCGGUUUGACCAACGCCUGGAGCAUCGUCCAAACUGAUUUUCGCUGCUGUGGAGUGACCAAUCACACAGACUGGUUUCACGUGUACAAUGCCACGCGUGUGCCGGACUCCUGCUGUCUGGAGUACAGUGAUAACUGCGGUCUGGAGAAUCCCGGCACCUGGUGGACCGCCCCGUGCUACGAGCGAGUGAAGGGCUGGCUGCAGGAGAAUCUGGUGGCACUGUGGAUAUUUGCUCUCUGCACGGCUCUAACACAGAUCCUGGGGCUUGUGUUUUCCAUGACCAUAUUCUGUCAUGCGGUAAAAGUGGACACGUUCUAUGCAUAGAGACGCGGUUCAGGACCAAACCAUUUCAGCCUGUUUCUGCUUUCUUCACAUACGUCAGUCUUUAUCGCUGUAGCAAUCAAUUGCAACAUUUUGCUAACACACUGCUAUUUGCAACAUGAUUUUAUAAUUCAACUCAACUAAAAGAAUGAAAAAAAAUUACAAAUUGCUCUUUAUUGUGAAUAUUUACUGGACAAUUCGUCCACUUAUAGCAAUGUUAAACAGAGACCAGUAACUAAUGUCAUGAUUUUAUAUUUGUAUAAUUUCAUAUUAAUAGCCUACGUAUGAUAUGAACAACAGCAAUUUAUAUUUAUUCAGAGUGGGUUCUCAAUAGAUUUUAGGCAAGAUAUAAAGAUCACAUUUUUGUAUAUCUGAGACAGUCUUCAAAGCAAAAGCAGUAAAAAAACAGAAGCAACACUUUAGUGGAGCAAAUGAAGUACUGGUGUAGGAAGAAGCACAGCUCUGUAUGCUGUUCAACAAACCAAUUCAGUAAAAGAGCAAAAUAUAAGCACAAUUUACUACAUUUACAGUGGAACACAGCGUCACCAAACGGUCUAUUAAACAAUUCGGAUAAUAAGGCAUCUAGAAUUAUUAUUGGAGCUGAUGAAAAACCUAUAAUCAUUUAUCAUGUUUACCUUUUCUUAAAAAUGGUUAAAGGCUGAAAUGUGAGGUUUAUCAUUUUAUAAUUAACUUUUUUUUUUUUUUUUUUUUGCAAUAUUUUAUUUGUAGUACAUGUUAGUAGAUAACAUUUUGUUGUAAGUCACCCAACCAACUCUCUAGUUCAUUUAAAAUCCGGCCAUCACUGUUAAUGUUAUUAUUUUAAUGUUUCUGCUGUUGUUGCAUUUAUUAAAUACUUAACAACUGACUUUGUAAUCCCUGUCAGCAGAUGAAA